UAGCAGCUAUAUACACUGCUGUGGCUUUUUUACCAUUUAAAAAGCAACUUCUAGGCUAAGCCAACUCCUAUCUUUGUAUAUGAAGACUCUGGAGUCUCUGUAGCAUGUUACGUAAGCUUGGUUCUUGAGAGACAGUUAUUUUCCAGCUUGUCAGGUCUGGCUCAGACAACAGGGAAGUCAUCAGUCAUGCAAUGAACACGUUGGCUUUUGUGGCCGAACUGAUCUACCUAUCGCUGCAACACAUUUCUCUAUCUAGAGCAAACCCUCUUUCUUCCACAGUCUUGAUCUUUCACUUCUUUUGUCUUUUGCAGAUGUUAAUGUGAUGCAGUUUAUUCUCGCUGGGAAGGGCUGCAACCUCCUGGGAGAAGGAGACAGACCAACGCACAGAGAGAGAGAGAAUGGCUGUUGAGAGAAAUGAGACAGAGGAACAAGGGAGAGGAAGAGAGAUUCAGAGCUGCUCUUGCAGGAGUUUGGUGUCUGGACUUACUUGUAUUAAAGUUGCAGAGCAUUCUGAAUAAAGAGCAAGUCUUCCUUGGGACCCACCGCUGCCUCGCAAAAACUGGUGUGCUGGUGCUGUAAGGCAGGCCUACGGUUCAGUUCUUCUCUGAACGUUUCACCAAGGACCUGGCUCCGCGUGAGCUGCUCUGGCAGAUGUGGAACUGCAGGAUUAAUGGAGACGUGAUGAAAGCUUAGCCAGCCCCCUGGCAAGCAGGACAGAUGCUGCCUCAUCCCUGACGAUCCGCAAUGGAAGUGCCCAGUACCAAAGACUUCCAGUGGAAAACCCUCGCCCCACUCCCCAGUGGCAGGGUCUACUGCUCGCUGGUGGAGGCAGGCGGCCAGGUCUUUGCCAUCGGAGGCUGCGAUGGCAACGGAGUCCCCAUGAACUGCUUCGAGGUUUACUCCCCCGAAGCCAACCACUGGAGCUCUCUCCCUCCCAUGCCCACGGCCCGGGCUGGAGUAGCCGUGGCCACCCUGGGCAAGCGGAUCAUGGUGAUAGGAGGGGUCGGGAUGAAGCAGACGCCCUUGAAGAUAGUGGAGAUGUACAACAUAGAUGAGGGCAAGUGGAAGAAGAGGAACUCCCUGAGGGAAGCCUCCAUGGGCAUCUCCGUGACGGUGAAAGACUACAGAGUCUAUGCGGCUGGUGGGAUGGGACUGGACCUGCGGCCUCACAACUACAUGCAGCACUACGAGAUGCUCAAGGACAUCUGGGUGUCACUCGCGACAAUGCCCACACCUAGGUACGCCGCCACUUCCUUCCUGCGGGGCACCAAGAUCUACGUGCUUGGUGGGAGGCAGUCCAAAUACGCCAUCAAUGCCUUCGAGGUCUUCGACACAGAGACCAGGUCGUGGACCAAGUUCCCCAGCAUCCCCAGCAAAAGGGCCUUCUCCAGCUUCGUGCCCACGGAGAACAGCCUCUUCAGUCUCGGGGGGCUGCGGCAGGGCAGGCUGUACCGGCAGCCCAAGUUCAUGAAGACUGUGGAUGUGUUUGACAUUGAGCAAGGUGGCUGGAUGAAGAUGGAACGCUCCUCCUUCCUAAAGAAAAGGCGAGCGGACUUUGUCGCUGGCUACUUGAAAGGAAGGGUCAUCGUGGCCGGGGGGCUAGGGAACCAGCCAACGGUCCUGGAGUCAGCUGAAGCCUUCCACCCAGGGAAGAACAAAUGGGAGAGCCUGCCGCCCAUGCCGACCCCCCGCUGCACCUGCUCCAGCAUCGUGGUGAAGAACUGCCUGCUGGCCGUUGGCGGAGUGAACCAGGGCUUGAGUGACGCAGUGGAGGCGCUGUGCAUCUCUGACUCCUAGCCAGCCCCUUCCCAAUCCCCACCCCCUGGAGGGUCCUGCUCUGAGGUCCUGGGAAAGCAGCAGUGGCGGUGAUGCUGUCUGGAUUAGCCUUGCGUAGUCUGCACCCUGCUCUCUCCUGCUGCACCUCUGUAGCUGCCUUCACAGGACGUCCCGGCAGCACCCCACCCUCGUGUGCACACACCUCUGAAGCUGUUGGCCAGCAGGGGCUCCUGAUCGUCUGUUAGCCAGCCUCGGUACCCACGGGCAUCACCCCUUCAUCUCCACCCUCAUCCAAGACCCCACAGCUCUUGGUCCUACACCAGCCCCAAAUUGCUGAAGAAUGCACCAGCCUUGUACCGCAGUGCGGGAGAUGACCAGUCCAGGAGGAGCACUUUGGUGGGUGGGCGGGGGGGGGAGGAAUUCACUCUGACCACCUGCAAAGGUCCAAGAAGGAGCUUGGCUGAGAAGAGCGCCCCAUGGAGCCGGAACAUUGUGUCCCCUGCCAUUGGGAAAGGACGCUUUAGAUCAGGGUAUGCAGGGGCUAUGUGCUCAUACUCUACUGUGCUUCUCUAACCAUGGCUCAGAGCUGCAGCACUCACAUGAAAACCCUGUGUAGCCAGACACGCUGGUUAAAGAAACCCCUCUGACUCCAUUGUUUGGAUGGAACCAGCCUUCCUGUUCUGAUGUGACAUUACGCUUGCCAAGCACCCAGGGUGCAAGACAUCCCUCCCUGCACAGAAUCCCUCGGCGAGCUACAGGGGAACUUCCUAAUCAUAUAAGCUAGAAUGGAUGGUGAGCACCAUCAGCCAGAGAGGAGCCAGUCCAAUGCCUGGAUUGACAGCAACUUCAUUUCCCAUUAACUUGCCCGUUGCUUGUGCCCAGAGCUGAAGCCAAGCGUUGUCAGCACUCCUGGGCGUGCUCUGACAGAUGGAGGCACGGGGGCUAGAUUGAGGACCGUUUGAAGCAGACGGAUGACUCUGCUUUUAGCAUAGAACAGGCAGACCUGCCUUCACUUGUUCUGGCACAGAGAUGGGGCCGAGCUGCAACAUUCAGAUCCAGUUCCAGGUCAGGAUUUUAAUGCCCAUGAUGCUCUGGGGUGUUCAGAUCCACGAUUAUUAUUUUUUGGCUCACUUCACAGAUAAAGGACCAUUUUCAAAACCUGGACCUCGAGCUCGCUUUGGAUUUCCAACACCCCGAGAGUUUAGGGGAUGGCUUUGGACCCACCUCUUCAUACACGCGUCCCACAGCGAAGCCAGAAUGCCACAGCGGUCACUUCCUCUUCCUUGGUUUUGAUUAAAUUUGUAUCUGUGGUUUGUGGCCAAAUGCUCUUUGAUGGAUGGGUUGCGAUUCCUGCUCCUAGCAGCAGCACAAUUAAAACCUGUAUUCACUGAGCAAAGGCUCUCUGCAGUGAGAGAUUCUGUAGCUCCCUCCCUGCUGUGGAGGGAUCAAACUGGGGAGCUGCAAAGCUGGGGCGUGGACUAAAGAGAGGGGGAGCCAGCCUGGGAAAUUCUUAUUGUCGCUAGCAAGUGUACAGACUGACAUCGAAGGCCCUGCACUAGGGCAGCCUUAACACUGCUGCAGCCACCAGCUUAACUGGCUUUUUGUGUACAUUUCUGAAUAAAGUCAUUUGCCUUAGAGGAAAAUGGGAUUUACCAGUGACAAUCCCUUCCCAUCCUGUGCAGAACAAGCCAGGGUGUAGCUGCAGGACGGGAGGGGAGGAAGCUGCAUGGCAGCUUAGCCAGAGCCAAUCACAAGUGUAAACCACCUAAGAUCCUUCCAUGCUUCCUGCCUUUGAAAGAGCCCAUUGGUUGUAAACGUGAUUUGUGAUGGGGCAAGCGCUCCGGUGACAGGCUCGGUCAAUGAGAACAAAGCCAGGCUCUCCCUUGGCAGGCCGAUAUAGCUGCCCAGGCUAAUCUCCUGGCCAUGCUGCACUGGGCAGAGCCAUGGGACAAGGCGGCUGCUAGCAGGGAGAGCUUCCCUGAUCAGAACAAGGAAGGGGGGUUCGUUUUCUCCUGCCAUCUGUGCCGUCAUCAUGUUCUAAAACCAUCCUUGUGCUUCUCCCGUGGCCGGCCUGCACGGUUCUCAGAAGGAAAUCCAUAUCCAUGCGGCUCACGCUAAGUCACGUUUAAACAUGACUCAUACCAGCACAGAGCAAUCACUGGGCCUGUCUGCAACAGGGGAAGUUGAGCACAGUUUUCUCAGCCGUUUAUGGAUAGGGCUCGGCUGGGUGACUCUAGCCGUGGGUAUGGAAGGGUGUUACAGCCUUGCUGCUACUGGGGCCCCAUUUCCCUGGCCUUCUGCUGCUUGGACUUGUAGCUACUUUGGGAUCCUGGGAUGAAAGGCCUGAUGGGAGUGCAGGGCGACUGUUAGUGUGUUCCGAGUAGCAGUGACUGGAGAUGCUAAGGGGCCAGGCAACGGAUGAGCGGGGCUGGGGACAAGGCCCCUGAGGAAUUUGUGCCACCACAGGGCUGGGGAUGGAUGGGUUAUUGUUGCCACGGCAGGGUGGGGUGGUUGGGGUACUGGUGCCACCGUAGGGCCAGGAAAGUCCAGGGAAAUGGAGCCCUGAGGUAGUUUUUAGCACUUUGAAACAAUCCAUAAAGGUAGCCGCAAUCGGCCAGAGGAGCAGAAACACAGGUGCUUGCAAAGCUCCUGGCACGCCAAGCCCAGUGCACCCAGCUCAGGACCGCCUGGCUUAGCUGUCUCUUGGGCAGCAGGCCCAUUCACAGUGCUUCUCUGAGGGAAGACGCCUGGCAGCGGGGUCAUAACCAGAUUACGCUCCCACAAAACUGCAGGGACCAGGGAGAGAGCCAGCCCAACGCCGCAGCAGCCGCAGCCGAUUGUAACCAGUGAUAACCGAGCCAUUCCUGAUCGGCCGCCCGUCUUCCCAUAGCAGACGCUGCGUGAGACACAGGACCUCUGCCCUCUCAAGGUAACUACACCAAGGCCCUGCUAUAACCUAGGGAUCGAAAAGAGCUCCAAGAGCGAGCAUAUCUUGUCCAGCCCCUUCUCAGCCCAGUGCAGGACUGUUCCCUACUGGAUAGUGUCAUGUACUGUGCGGCUGUGCAUCACUGCCCUCUCCUGGAUAGAGUCGGAACUGCUCAGCUGUGUGUCAUAGGCCCUAUACUGGUAGCAGAUAAUGGGAAUUCCCAAAUGGCAGGGACUUGAGCUCUAAGCCAUGAGCACCUAAAUUCUAUCCUUGCAGUUGCUGUGAAGUUCCCAGUGUGUGGCCCAGUGACAGCGGGGAAAUUUUUGUUGUUACAACAUUGUAAUUUUUGAACAACUUUAAAUAUCUCAUUUACAUAUUUUUGUAAAAAAUAAAAUCACAGAAUUUCAAACAAA